AUGAGAUUAUUUCUUACUCCAGAAUUUCAAAAUAUAAAAAUGAUUGCUAAACUCUUAACAUGUUUUAUGUCAGAUUAUUAAUAAAUUCUUAUAUUAAAAUCACUAAAUAUUAUGGGUUGCUGUAUUAGUUAACAAAAAACUCAAGAAGCUGUUAUCUAAACUUAAAUUAAAAGGGCUGUUGAGGAACAAGAAGAAAUAUCAAAUAUUGAGAAUGGUUAAUAAGAGUGUUAGGAUAUUAUUGAAUAGUUUGAACCAAAGAUAAAUGAGUAAAAAAGAGAAGAAUAUAAGGGAAUAAAUCAAAAAAGCGAAGAAGAAGAGGAUAAGUAAGAAAAAAAAUAAUAAAAAUAAAAAACGACAAAAAGGGAUGAAAAUUAUCUUAAAGUCAUCGAAUACAAAAGCAUUAAAAUAAAUUACUACAUUCUUAUACCUAAAAAUGAUGAAGUUUCUAUUUAUUAUGAUUUCAUCAUAAAUGCAAGUCAUAUAGAUUUUUAAUAUGAUAUAAAAUGCAAAGCUAUAGUUACGUCUGAACCAGAAUAACCAUUUACAAUCAAACCUUUCUCUUAUUUAGAAGCAUCAUCAAAUUCAAGUUAUGAUAUAUUUUUUAGAAACGAUACAUAUUUUAAUACAGAUUAAUCAUUAAAUACAAACAGAUAAUCUUUUGAUACUCUUUUAGAAGUAGAAAGAACUCUAAAAAGAAAAAAAGAAUAAGCUAUUUUACCUGCUGCAUUUUAAAUACGUCCAUUGAAAUAAGAUGAUUCACAUUCUAAUUUAAAUAGCCCAAGAAGAUCACCAAAAAAACAAAAAGUUAAAGUUUAAACAGAAGUUGUUUCAGAAAUGCUUGAAAUUAUGCAUGUAUUUGAUUUGGAAUUAUGUCCACGUUUCCAUUAAUUAUUAUUUUUCUUAAUGGUCUAAUAAUAAAUGCCAAAAUUAAAACAUUAUCUAGUUAACAUUUCUGAAGUUUAUUUCCUUUUUGAUUAAAAACCUUCUUUAGAUGAACAAUCAGUUUAAAAAAUUGCUAUAUUUUAUGAAUAUUUAGAUUAUAAUCUUUUAGAACUAUAAGAUUAUUUGAUUAAAGAAAAAAAAUAGUUAUCUCAUCUAUUAUUUUUAAAAUUAUGUCUAGAUCUUACUUCAAUUUUUUAUAAUUGUUAUAAAGCAUUUACAUAUAGAUGUAAUUUUACAUUAAGAUCAAUAUACUAUACAAUGAAAAAUAGAAAAUUUAAAUUAUAAGCAUUUGCAAGAUUGUAAACUUUAAUAAGAUUUUCAAAUUAAGAAGAUGUAACAUAGCUUUUACAAUCUGUAAGUGAGUAAAAGUUUAAAUUUUUUAUAAAAGAUUUUGAGAAAGAUUUUGGAGCAUUAUGUGAUAUAAUUCUUCUUUUUAAAAAUGUUGAUAAUUCUAUAGGAAAUAUUAAGAAAAUUAGAAGAAAGAAGAAAAAUUCUGAUGCUCAUUAUUAAAAAUAUGUAGAGUUUGCAAUGAAUUAAUUAGAUGCUGAAGGAACAGAUAAAUUAAUACAUGAACUUAUAAGAUUAAAAUGUCAGCCAAUAAGCAGGGAAAACUUUGAUUAUAUAUUAGAGGAAAUUAAAACAUUAUUAAUAACUUUAGAAUAACAAAUUUAAGAUGAAGCCUAACAAAAAGAAAAAUUAGAGGAUUUAAAGGAAUAAAUGCUAUUAUAAAAUGAAAGUAUAAUAAAAGUAAAUAAUAUUUAAUAAGUUGAUUUAAUUAAUGAAGAAGAUAAUGAAUUACAUAAAUUUGAAACUAGAUAACCUAAAAUAUAAAAAAAGUAAAAAAUAAAACCAAAUGAAAAUGAUUUAUUUAAUGAAAUGAAGUACUCUGCGUUAUUUUAUUUUGAAACAUUUAUGGAAAGAAGCUAAUAAUAUUUACUACAAUGUACUAAUGAUGCUCAUCGAGCAUAUGCUUUAAUACUUUAAUCUAUAGGAUAAACUAUGAAUAUUCCAUCAAGGGAAUAAAAAAUAGUAGAAUAAUAAUUAAUUUUACAAGAAGCAAGUAAAUUAGUAUUAAAGGAAAAAGUGUUUCUAAUUUAAGAUUCUUUUAAUUAUUAUUUGUUAUUGACUUUAAUAAGUUCAUUAAUAGAUAAACCAAUUUAAUUGUUAAAUUAACUUAAGUCUUUAAUUUAAUAAUAAAAUAAUAUAAGAAGGAAAUAAAUUAGACCUAAAUUAAGCACACAUCAUACUUGUACAGGGAUAAUUGAAAUGAGAAAGGCACUUAUAUUGGAUCUAUUUUAUAUUGAUCAUUAUUUGAAACGCCAUUUAUAUACAAAUGCCACAUAAUUAGUGUAACAUAUAAUAACAUAGCAAUUAAGAUUCAAUUUAAAAUCUUACUUACUUUAUGGUAGAAGUCUUUUCAUCAGUGGAAUAAUAUGUGAAAAAAUGAUGUAACCAGUAUCUUCAAUGCUUAAUUUAGAAGUGUGCAGAUUAAUCUAUUAACAGUUUUUCCCUGUUUCAAAAUUUAUGUAUCGAGAUGAGGAAACUAAUUAAAUGGUUGAUGUUGAAUACUAAGAAAAUAACAAAUAAUACAAAUAAGUAAUGAUUCAUUUUGAGAAUGAAGCAUCUGAGAAUUUAAAUAUACUUGAAUUUAAUUUGGGACUUGUAUAUUUCUCAUUAUCUGAUAAAGAGAAUGCUUUAAAGUGUUUGAGAAAAGUUAAAGAAGCUAGGGAAAAGAAAUACGACAUAGUUUCAGAUGAAGUUUUAGAAGUUGUUUUAUAAAUCUUAAAAAUACAUGUUGAAUAAGAAGAAAAUGGAGCUGCCAUGGAAAUUUGUUAAGAAUACUAUGUUAAAUUUAAAUAUCUGGCUAAAUAGAAUAUUUUAACCAAAAGUAGAUACAUAGCUCGUUUAUAAUUGAUUAUGGCAGCUAUAUAUGAAUGUAAUAGGAUGUUAGUGAGUGCUUUAAAAUAUUAUUAAAAAGCAAAUAAAACAUUUGCAAUGUCAAAAAAUAAUUCUUACGUUAGAUAAUUACAUAUUUUAUAGAAAAUAAAAAAAAUAGUGGAAGUAAUAAAGAUUAAAGCUUAUUAAUCACAUAGUUUAGAGUAAUAAUCAGAAUUUAAUAUUGAACAUUAUUUAGGUCAUCUUUCUGAGAGAGUGAAACCUUAUUUCAAUAAUUAAUUUAUUCGAGUUUUAGAGAAUGAUAAAAUAAUCUUAUAUAAUGUUAAUCUUAUGAAAAGAUAUGUAAGGGCAAAUUAAAGUUUAAGAAACUUAGAGUAUUAAAAAGCUUUAAGAAGUUAUCAAAGAAUCCAUUAAAGAUUCAAAAAGAAAAAAGUAGAUGAAUGUUAUGGUUUUACUUUAGAAAAGAUUGGUACAAUUUAUUUGAUUUAAAGAAACUUAAAAGUUGCAAUUCAGCAUUUAAAAUUGGCUUCAGAACUUCAUGAUCGAUACUUGGAAUUUCCUUUAAAAGAAAUGAGAAUAUUGACAUGUGAAAUAUAUACUUUACUUGGUUGGGCUAUUCUAAAAAAUAGUAAAGAGAUUUAAAAAUAAAUGGCUUUGAUUGAUGAUUAUAUUUAGAAUAUAAAUGAUAUAAUGAAUUGGUAAAAUAUACCUUAUAAAUAAAGAUCAAAUAAAUUUGCAAUAUUAUCAAAUAAAUUAGGAAGAUCUGUUUUAUAUAUUUUAAAUGAUCUUUUUGAAAGAAUUGAAAAAUAUAAUAAGUUAAGAAUCAAAUUUUGUUAGAAUUUGAAUAAUGAAUAAUUUUUAUCUGAUAUUUCAGAAAAAUUUAUAAAUGAAAAAUUCAAUUAGUAGACUGUAAGAAAUUCAGAUAUUUCAAUACAAAGAAAAUCAUGUCUUUUUGGAUUGUUUAGUUUUGGUAAAAGAAGAUAAGCUACUUGGCUUCCAGGAAUUUAAAGUAAUUAGGAAAUAAAUUUAAAAAAUGAUGUAUCAAUUGAGAUUCAACAAACUUCAAGAAAAGACAAAUAAAUUGAAAAGGUUUCAAAUAUUUAAGAAAAAAAGAAAUCAAUUAUAAUUAAAUAGACUGAAAAAGAUAAAUAUAUCUAAUAACUUAAAUUAGAUAGACCAGAAAUAUAUGUUUAAUUAUAGGAAUUCGAUAUAGAUUAAAAAACAAGUUCAAAAAUAAAGUCAUCUUUGCCAGCUACAGCUAUGGUUAGUCCAAUUCUCAGUCCAGUUAGUGUGAAAUCACCAUUUCUAUCAAAAAGCUAAGAUAAAAAAAUAAAUCCUUUUGAAAAAGUUAGAAGAAAAAAAUGA